GAAAGUUCCCCUUGUGCCCUCAGAAAACCCCUUUUUUCAUUGUUUUCACUUAAAAAUAAAGUCUGAUUUUGGUGGCAAUCUCCUUGGAGGAGCAGCAGCAAACUGCAACCAGGGGGGACUAUUUAGAGACCUUUUCUCCCAACUGUUCAAGCAGCAUUUCUGUACAGUACCUAUUACAAAAAUCCCUUCAUUUCUCUGUUCCUUGGAUUUCACUUCCUUGGUGCUUAUGAUGGCAUUAUCACAUAGUACCUGUUUGUUUCCAGUCACUUUCACUUCAGCUGGGUUAGCUGAGCUCUCUACUCAAUAUAGAGAUUCUUACAGGACAGGAGAUCUGUAUAGCAGAUUAGAAAACACCAUACAAAAAUUUUUUUUAGAAAAGCCUAUCAGACUGCCUUUAUACAUCAGUCAAAAAGAGGGAUAUCUCCUCACCAGUCUCUUUUUGUGGACCACCAUCCAGACUCUCCAGUUAGCUCAUUUCUGUUCAAUUCCCAUAAAAUACAGCAUCCACACACUUUCCUCAAUACUCAGUUAUCCAUUAGUACCACUCACCUCAGCCCUCCCGUAGAGCUUUUGAUUAGAGAAUUACAGCAUAGCCCCUCCUCAAAGUCUUCCCAUCUGUAUCCAUACUAAUAGUUACCUAAAGCUAGGUGCAUUUAAAGCACCAGCUGCUAUAAUGGAGGGAUUGUAUCUUUAAUAAUAGCUCUGAUUUCAACAGCUAUUUGUACUGUCUGGAUUAUGAAAUUGAAAUAUUGCUGUCCCAUCUCACUGCAUCCUGGCCUCUGAUUGUUGGGUGGAUUUUGAUCUUUGCAGGUUAUAGGCUGUGACGGGGUGUGCAUACCCUGCACUAGGCAGGAAAGGGUUAAUCCCCCACUACAGGCAGAGGAAGCCCCGCCCCUCAGACCGUGCUGGGCAUGCUCCAACUGCUGUGCUAGUAUAAAAGGAGAGCAGCUCAGCUCACUCUGGUCUGACCACCAAGGAGGCAGGAUGCUGGGUCAAGGUUGUAGUGCUGGAGCGCCUGAGACCUGGACUGGAGACCUGUUGCUAUUUGAGUUCUAGGGAGUUACUUGUGCUGAGGAGCCCAGAGACCCCUGUGGACUGCAGCUUCAGGAGCCUGGUCUAUAUUUUAUUUUUAGCUAAAGCUUAGAGUUAAAUUAGAGAGCAAACAGCUCUGCAUUAGCUUCCUCUGCAAGAGGUGUGAGAAUGGAAAUGGCCACAGGUGUGGCCCAUAUCUUCCAGCACCAGGUUACUAAAACAGUGAAAGAAGACAUUUGGGGAAUCGGUACCAUGAAGUGUGAAGACAACCAUGGCCCAAGCUGCCCCCACGAGGAACAUGUAGCCCAGUGCCACUAUUCCUUGGACCUCACACAGCUUGCCUGGAACUUGGUUGACUCUUUCCUCUCCCAGCUUCUGUUGGAGGAGCUCGUGCCGGAUGUGCUCCUGGAGACCUUCACAGAGUUUAUCAAGGAUCAGAGGCAGCAGCCACUGAAGUCCAGCAAUGGGAAAUCAAAGGGAGAAAAAUCCCAGCAUUUAAGGGAGUCCAUGUCCACUCUGAAGCAUCUUCCUGACUCAUUACUGGACGAGCUCUUUGUGGAAGUUCUUCGAGAUUUGUCGGCUGACGCCUUCAGAGGUGCCAUGAAGGAUUUCGUUGAUGACUACUUAACCAGGGCUGCUAUUUCUGACAGCAUGGAUGGACUAGUAGCGGAGGUGGUUCAGAUGGUCUUGCCUAGCAUUCUCCGAGAGGCUCUCCAAGAGAUGGAAUACGAGGCUAUUCUCCAAGAGGUCAUUUCACACGUCAUCAAGGAGGAUGCUAAAGCCUUAGCUCAAUCAGUCCUCAGUGACUACGAUGCAAAGAGGAUAAAGCUGCAGCAAAGCCAGAUUACAGCAUGUGCCAGCAAACAACUUCUUGACCUCUUUCUUCUGGAGCACUUGAUCGGAAUGACCAGUACACAUCCCCCUGGAUUUGGGGGGAAGGAGCACUCCAGUGUGGUUUUGGACAGUUGGAUGUUGGAUAUUCUCAUCAGGCAGUUCUUUAGCAUUCAGGAGCAGCAGCGAACUACCUCUGAAAAUGUUCCACUGGGAGAUUUCCAUCGAAAAGCUUUUAUCGAGGUGGCUUUGGAUGUUAUCUUGACAGAACUAAACAAACUGGCAGAGGAAGACAUGGAAGAUCUACUGGAACAUGAAAGAGGAGCUCAGUUUUUUUUCUCUAGAGGGAAUCCUUUUGAAUCUGACUGCCCUGUAAAAUUACCAUCCAUCCUGAUUUUACAGAGCUUGAUGUUCUCAGACUUGGAAAAAAGAAUCAGCCCUGUCUUCGUCUAUGAAGUUCAUAUGACCUUCUGGCCCCGGCUUGAAAUAAGAAAUGAGCAUUCAGUGCACCCAGCAAAUGAGAAUAUUUGAACACAAUGUUUAUUUAAGAAUAAAACAUGUUUAAAUUAC